UUCGGAUAUCCAAACAUAACAGUCAAACUAAUUUUUUAUUAAUUUUUCUGCUAUUACUAACUGAAUAUUGUUUCGAGUCAACAGUGUUUGAACGAGCAAUAUUACAUUAAACUACUUUAUACUAUAUAAGAAUUUAAAGAAUGUGCCGCGUAAGACAAAAUUAUACGGCUGAGAUUGAGGCUGCUAUAAACAAACAAAUAAAUAUGGAAUUGUUUGCCUCAUACACAUAUAUGUCUAUGGCUACUUAUUUUGACAGAGAUGAUGUUGCUCUUCAUAAUAUUUCAAAAUAUUUUAUGGAACAAAGUGAUGAGGAGAGAGAUCAUGCCAGAAAAUUGAUUAAGUAUCAAAAUAAAAGAGGAGGAAGAGUUGUCUAUAAGUCUAUUCAACAACCAGAGAAAGAUGAUUGGAAAUCUCCACUUGAUGCUUUUAAUGCAGCUUUAGAUCUUGAAAAGAAUGUAAAUGCAUCUUUGCUGGAAAUUCAUUUAUUAGGAUGCACUCAUCUAGAUCCUAAUUUACAAGAUUUUAUCGAUGAGUAUCUAGUAGAUCAAGUCAAUUCAAUUAAAGAGGUGUCUGAUCAUGUUACAAAUUUGAUUCGUGUUGGUUCAGGAUUAGGAGAAUACCAGUUUGAUAAACAUUUUUAUGAUGAUAAAGAAAAUAGUAUCAAGCAAAAAUUAUAAUUAAAUUAUUUCAAUAUUUUUGAUUUUAAAUAAUCUAAAUCACACAAUUAUUAUAAUAUAAAAAUUCAAUUAUUCUUUACAAAUAUACUUUUUCAUAUUAAAUUUAAUUUCUUGUAAUUUUAUCUGACACUAAUAUUUUUAUCAAUUAUUCACAUGAUUUAAUAAAAUUUAAUCCAUUUAUUUUUUAUAUUAAUAUUGCUAAAUUGUAAUUACUUAUUUAAUAUUUUAUUGUGUGUAUAAAAAUUAUAAUUUUAGCACCCCCUCCCCCUCUUGCCAUGUCUAAUUUUUUGCCACUAAGUGAAUAAACCUUAACCAGCAGUGUCACUUUGGAUGUGUAAAUUUUAAAAACCUACUCUUGCCAGUGAUCAAUACUUAAAACCUUAAAAAUUUUUUACUCUAAAGCUAUGAAUUUAUAACUCGAAUUAUGUUCAUCUAAACUAAUAAGAAUAAAGGAUAUUUUUAUUUUUUUGCAUAAAA